AUGAACAACAAGAGCAACCUCCCAACAACGGGAGAAGAACUGGAUGUGAAAAAUGAGUUUCUAGACACAGGAGCCAGAGCCUGUGUCGAACUUUGCUUGUAUACAGAAGCAAGGAGCUGGCUGCGUGUGGGAUUGGACAUUGAAAACAAUAACGAACGUCUGCUUCAAUUAAUAAGGAAGUCUAAUGCUGAACUAAAAGCCGGAGAGGGAAGAAGUUAUGGCAAUCUCGGCUGCGCUUACCAAGGAUUAGAACAGUUCAAAACAGCAAUCGAGUACCAUCAACGUAGUCUAGAAAUUGCUAAAGAAGUGGGAUACAAGGCCGAAGAGGGAAGAAAUUAUGGCAAUCUCGGCUGCGCUUAUCAAGGAUUAGGACAGUUCAAAACAGCAAUCAAGUACCAUCAACGUAGUCAAGAAAUUGCUAAAGAAGUGGGAGACAAGGCCGAAGAGGGAAGAAGUUAUGGCAAUGUCGGCAACGGAUAUCGAGGUCUAGGACAGUUCAAAACAGCAAUCGAGUACCAUCAACGUCACCUAGAAAUUGCUAAAGAAGUGGGAGACAAGGACGGAGAGGGAAGAGGUUAUUGCGGUCUCGGCAACGCUUAUCAAGUUCUAGGACAGUUCAAAACAGCCGUCAAGUACCACCAACGUAGUCUAGAAAUUGCUAAAGAAGUGGGAGACAAGGCCGGAGAGGGAGGAAGUUAUUGCGGUCUCGGCAUUGCCGCGGCUUAUCACAGUCUAGGACAAUUCAAAACAGCAAUCGAGUGCCAUCAACGUCAUCUAGAAAUUGCUAAAGAAGUGGGAGACAAGGCUGGAGAGGGAAGAAGUUAUGGCAAUCUCAGCAACGCUUAUCACAGUCUAGGACAGUUCAACACAGCAAUCGAGUGCCAACUACGUAGCCUAGAAAUUGCUCAAGAAGUGGGAGGCAAGGCCGAAGAGGGAGGAAGUUAUGGCAAUCUCGGCUGCGCUUAUCACAGUCUAGGACAGUUCAAAACAGCAAUCGAGUACCAUCAACGUCACCUAGAAAUUGCUAAAGAAGUGGGAGACAAGGCGGGAGAGGGAAGAGGUUAUUGCGGUCUCGGCAACGUUUAUCAAGUUCUAGGACAGUUCAAAACAGCAAUCGAGUACCAUCAAGGUAGUCUAGAAAUUGCUAAAGAGGUGGGAGACAGGGCUGGAGAGGGGAUAAGUUAUUGCGGUCUCAGCAACGCUUAUGACAGUUUACGACAGUUCAGUACAGCAAUCGAAUACCAUCAACGAUAUCUAGAAAUUGUUAAAGAAGUGGGAGACAAGGAUGGAGAGGGGAAAGGUUAUUGCCUUCUCUGCAGGAUUCAUCUCCGUCAAAGAGAGUUGAAAACGGCAAUUGAGUGUUAUCAACGUCACCUAGAAAUAUCCAAAGAUGUGGGAGACAAGACUGGAGAGGCGUGCUCACUUUGUUCCCUUGGAAGCAUUUUUGAGUGCCAAGGAAAUCUUAUGAUGGCCUUUGACUGUUAUUACUCGAGUGUACAGUUGUAUGAUGAUAUUAGGGCUAGUCUUCAACUCAACGAUCGGUGGAAGAUUUGUUAUCGUAAUCAGCACCAAAGUGCAUACAAAGGUUUGUGGCGUAUAAAUCUCAAUCAAGGUCAAGUUGUGAAGGCUCUUCUUGCCGCAGAGAAAGGACGUGCUCAAGCUCUGAGAGAUCUCAUGACCACAAAAUAUCAGCCUGGAGAUUCUUCAACGCACAGCGCAUCUCUGAGUUGGGUUCCAUUGACCACAGUUUUUAUAGCUAUUAAUGGACCAUGCGUUUACUUCUGGGUUUACCUCAGUGAAGAUAAUAUCCAGAUGAGAGAGGUACAUGUCAACAAUUAUAAGUAUGAGGAUGAAUUGGAAGUUUUCAUCCAGCUAUUGAACAAAACUGCUCUGAAGGAGAUCGGUGUAAGAGAUACUGUUACAAUCGAAAAUCUUCCUCGUGAUCCGCCGACAGAAGAGGAAGUGUUCAAUGAUGUGAUCCGAGUUGUGCUUUAA